AUGCCACCUCCAAAAUGCCUUACUACGGGGUUAGAGUUGGCCGUGGCGUCGGUGUUUUCUCGAGUUGAUGCAUCAUGUCCACGGCGUGUAAUGGUUUACACAGAUGGUUCAUGCAAAGGUGCUUCCGAUGAUCGUCAUGCUGGUUAUGGUGUUUACUGGGGUCCUAAUCAUCCAUGGAAUGUAUCUGAACGUUUAGAAGGAGAACAGACAAACAAUAGAGCGGAAAUUGAGGCAGUAAUAUGUGCUAUUAAACAAGCGAGGAGUGGAGGUAUAUGUCAUUUGGGAAUAGUUACAGAUAGCAAGUUUACCCAAAACUGUGCGACUGAAUGGGGUCCACGAUGGGCACGCAAUUCAUGGAAGUUGGCUAAUGGUGAAGACGCCAAACUGAAAGAACCAGUGAAACGGUUGCUUGAAGCUAUGGCUGAACCAGGUCUUGAAAUAACUUGGUAUCACGUACGUGGCCAUAAUGGUAUACAUGGAAAUGAAGAAGCAGAUUCAUUGGCUAACAUUGGUGCUAGCAAACCAUUACCAAAUAAAUGA